AAACCAACGAGCCAAGCUCACCCGGCAACCCGGCAAACAAACUCAACCAAAACUCAAACACAACUAAUAGUUUCUUUUUCUCAGUCCAGAAAAGAAUACAAGUUUUUCAGACAUACCAGAAAUAUAAAAACCCCUUAAACCUAUUGGUACAAUACAGCAAGAUGACGCUCAAAAUCGGAAUAUGCACCAAGCAGGAUUUGGACGAAGCGAUGAAGCUGCGAAAGCGCGAGCAGUACGAGGAGGAACGAAAGCGGCGCAUCUUCAAUGCCAAACAACGCCUCUAUGGGCUCGAUUUGGACAUGCUGGAGCGCCAGAUUUUGGAGAAAAAGAAGCAGAAAAGCGUGCAGCUGGAGUGCGACAAACGUUUCGAGGAGCAGGAACAACUGCAAAAGCGCCUGAUCACCGCCCAGGCCAAGGAGCUGGAGAAGAAGCAGCAUGUGGCGAACUCGGAUCUCAACUACUAUCGCUGCCGCUAUCAGCGCAAGGAGCAGCGUCGCGAAUUCGACUUGAAUGACCCCAACUACCUGAAGAAGGCGCGUCCAACUCGCGUUGCCGAUGACGACAUUACUUUGGGCGUUUCCAGUGCCCAAAUCUUUCACGGCGAGGAUCUCUACAAUUCGGAACGAAAGGUUCGGCAGCGACAGCAGCAACGUGCCUGGCUGGAUCAGCAGAUUCAGGAACGUAAGCGGGCAGAGGAUGCACGCAAGACGGCGGACAACAUGCUAAUGGAGAACCUGGGUUGCCGGGAUAAGCAUUUGGAGGAAAUGGCCAAGUCAGAUCACCAGAUGCGCAACCAGGUGAUCCAGCAAGUGCGCCAAUUCAACAUAAAUAUGGCCAAGCAAAAGCAAAUGGAUCGGGAGAGGGAGAAGCGCGAAAAGUAUGAGGAUGACAUGGCCGAGAUCUACAACAUGCUAUCGAGCGACAUGCUCACCGAGAAUCCGGAUGUGGCCCAAUCCCGCACCGAUCCGAACAAGAAGAUUGCUUUCAUGUAUCGCGGCAUGACGCCCGAGGAGUUGCGUAACUUCCGUCUGGGUCAGGAGCAGCAGCUCAAUGCGGCCGUGCAGCGUAAGACCGAGGCCCAGAUGAUGGACAAGCAGUGGGAGCAAUAUGCCAUAAACAUGGAUCGCACCCUUGUCCUUGGUCAUAUCGAGGACGAGCGGCGACGCAAAGCCCAGUUUGAUGAACUGAUGCGAGCCAAUGCUAAGUUGGCAGUGGAACAGGAUCAGCAGCGUAAGGAUGCUCUAGUGGCUUUGAGCAAUGCCGUGUCGGAUGACUUUUACGAUCAGUUCAACAAGAACUCUCGUUAACCGAGGAAAUUCAAGAAUUAAAACCCUGAUUUUGGUUAAUGUCGGUGACCUGGACGCGUUUGGGAAGCGGCCUCAACAUCAAAUUCCAUUUUCGUAUGUGGUGAGGCGAUUUCUCAUCCGUGUCGAGGACACUUUAGAAAUUCUAAAGGGUUUGUUUCAAGACCAUUUCAAGAUAAAUUUACAUGUUUACGAUUGGUAAAUGCAAAUAAUAAAAAGCACCAAGAAAAAAAUUAAUUAAAUAAAAUUAAAGACAUUUUAAAUUCAGGAAAUUAAAUAAAAGUAGCCACAACUUCGACUUUGAAGCUUGUGCAAAAAUGUCAACAAUAAUUAAGAGUAUUUUUUUGCUGUAAAAAGAAAACCUAAUUCCAUUAUUUCCGUGUUCACCGUCUCGGAUGGUGGUUGGAGUUUAUUUAAACUCUCAAGCAAUGCAAUAACAAGACGCAAAAGAGUCAAUAUAAACG